GCUUAUGUUUUGUGACGGAUGGAGUACCAUAUCCAUGCAGUUUCGAUCCAGGACAUUAAAUAUUUGAUUUCUCAUAAUAAUGUUUCUCUCUGCCGCACUCUUAGAUAAGUUAAUCAAUACGCAAACUUCUUCUUAAAGCUUGAAGCUUCCUCAGAUACCGAUUUCCGAUUUCUCUAGCAUGACUCUCCUCCGGAAGGUGUUUCGCGAUCUACUUAGGAACAAUGCAAUAUGAAUUUUGUUUCUAACAGACUAAUUUUUCUUGUCUUUUUUCUCUGCUCUUGCUUAGCUUUGUUUGUUACCAAAGUAUUCAUAAAAAAAAAAAAAAAAAAAAAGUUAAAAGUUUAUUAAAGAAGAAACCGAUGUUGAUAAUAAUCGUAUUUGAUUUGAUGAAAGAUUGAAUUGAAUUAACGAUGUGGAGUUCAAGCAAAGUCUCCGAAGAAGAUUGUUGUUUCUCAACAACAAGUCUCUUCAAUUUCUCUUCUGGAAACCCUAGAAUCGAAGAAACUCGCGGCCUCAUGCACGUCUUCCCACACGAAUCUCCUCCUUCUCUUCCGAUUGAACGUAAGCCAUUGGCGUGUGUUGUUGGAGUACCAAAUCACAUGACUUAUGCUGAUUUUUGCCAGUUUUGUGGUUCUUUUAUUCAACAUAUGCUUGAAUUGCGUAUUGUUAGAAUGGAUAAUAUGGAAGAUCGUUACAGUGUUUUGAUUCGUUUUGAUGACCAAAAUUCUACUGAUGCGUUCUACACUCAUUACAAUGGUCGACGUUUCUCUUCUCUUGAGGUUGAAGUGUGCCGUGUUGUUUUCACCAUAGAUGUACAGUAUACUGGCUCAAUUGAACAUGCACAACCAUCCAAUGCUACUUCAACUGAACAGCCUACAUGUCCAGUUUGCCUUGAGCGAUUAGAUCAAGACACGAGUGGAAUUCUUACAACUAUAUGCAAUCAUUCUUUUCAUUGUUCCUGUAUUUCAAAAUGGGCAGAUUCUUCUUGUCCUGUAUGCCGCUAUUGCCAACAGCAAGCUGAAAAAUCUAUAUGUUUCGUUUGUCAAACCACGGAGAACCUUUGGAUAUGUGUUAUAUGUGGGUUUGUUGGCUGUGGAAGAUAUAAAGGAGGGCAUGCUAUAAUACACUGGAAAGAAACACAGCAUUGCUAUUCCUUAGAAGUGGAAACCAAGCGUGUUUGGGAUUAUGUGGGAGACAACUAUGUUCAUAGACUUAUUCAGUCCAAAACUGAUGGGAAGUUAGUUGAGCUGAACUCUCACUGCAUGCAUGCAGACAGUGGAUGUGGUAGCUGUGGAGAUAAUGCCAUGAGAGAGGCUAUACUUAAUAGUAAAGUCGAAGCUAUUGUCAGCGAGUACAAUGAAUUGCUUGCUACUCAACUUGAAAACCAAAAAUUGUAUUUUGAAUCCUUAUUACAACAAGUAGAACAAGAAACUGAAGGAAAAAUUUCUGUAGCUGUUCAGAAGGCUGUCAGUCUUAAACAACAGAAGAUUCAGUCCAAGAUUGAUAGAUGUAACAAAGAGAAGAAAUUUCUGGACGAGCUUAAUGACAAUCUUUUGAAAAACGAGGAGAUUUGGAAAGCCAAGAUACUCGAGAUUGAAGAGAGGGAGAAAAAAGCUUUAAAACUGACUGAUGAUAAGAUAACGGGCCUAGAAAAGAAGCUUAGUAACCUCAUGAUUUGUCUUGAGGGUGGGACGACGGUAGAACAGCUGCCAUUGUCAAAUGAUACAAAUGGUGGAACUGUCUCUGACAUUUCAAAAGGAUCCUCGUCAACUUGAAGCUCUUAGCUGGGAAGAAAAGCAUGAUAGAAAAUUGAAUCAUUCCAUUAGACUUUGCUGGGAGUUGAAAGGAAAAGGGGAUGAAGGGAAGGAAACACACCCCUGCAAAUUCGAGGGAUAUUGAAAUAUAAGGGGAAGACUUUGGAAGAUUUUAAAAAAUAUUGCAAUCCCUUGUUUUUAAAUGCUCCCAAACAAACAAGGAAACCAUCUAUUGUAAUGUUUUCCUUCCUCUCUCGUCUGCUCCUAAAUUCCCCUCCGUAUAUUCACAAGUUUAUACAAACUGAACUGGGGGAUGGAGGCACGAGUUGAGAUGCUUCCACCUGAAUUUUUUCUGUUAAAACUUCAAUAUGUCAUGUUUGAUUGUUUGUACAUAAAUAAAUAGACAAAUGUUUACAUACAA